GAUGCUGGGGCCGUUGACAAAGGAGACAGCGGUCAACUGGCUGUCCAGGGCUCAGCGGCUGCCCAGGUGCCAGAGCGGCAACUCGGUGAGUGACCUGAUAGAUAUCGUGAGAAAGUGCAUGAAACCGGACGAUUUUGCGGUGCUGCCGGGGGACGUGCAGAUGGGCAAUGUGCAGGACAUCAGGGAUGUCCAGUUGGCCGUGCUGAAGGUGUUCUUCCCAGAGGUCAACCCCUUAGUGCUCUUCCACCAGGAGAAGCAAAACCCCGAGGAGCGGCCGGACGCCUAUGUUAACCGUAAGAAGAUGCUCUACCAGAUGGCCGGGCUGCCUGGCUCAAAGGAGUCCCCCCUCAAUUUUGAUAGGCCCGAAUUCAAGGAGCCGCUGGUGGUGGGGCUGACCCCCCCGUUGCGGGUGAUUGCUGGUGGGGAUGCGGCCAGAAAGCCGCUGUCAGAGCUGGAGCAGAUCCUGACCCAGAAUUUUGAGCUGCAAAAGCAGGCGUUCCCAGGGUACAUGCUGGGGGGGAAGAAAGGGAAAACCUCAGCCGUGUCCUUCCAAAAUCCGGGGAUGAGAAAAAUGCAAGGAGACAACCGAAAAGAUCUCGAUGGCAAGGGUGGUUUGGGGAAGGAGAACCAGCAGGGGCUGAGGUUUCAAAAGUCCAACCCUUGGCGGGCUGAGCUGAGGAAGCGCUUGAUAAAAUACGAGAAGCAGGAGGAUAUCGAUGGCUUGCCGGAUGCGGAGCUCUUCCGAAAACUGGCCCUGCACGAGACCAAAAAGCACAGCAGCUCCAACCCGAUUGACCCGGGGUCUAAGGCUCAGCAAUAGGGCUGCCAGGCACCCGCAUCGCCCCUUUUUGUGGCACCGAUUAAGACCGAUUCAUGGGGGCGCCUGAUAGUUGAUACAACUAUUGGAGGAGGGGUGCUUGGACAAGUGAUGUUAAUUGAUACUGGUGCCUCUUAUUCGAUUCUGAGUAUGACCCCCGGCGAAGCCGGGCUCUUCCAAACUUGCGAAAUUAUUGAAUUGACAGGGCCGAACGGCCAAAAAUCCUCAGUGCCGUUCACAGGGCCCGUACCCUUUGAAAUUGGGACUGCCAAAGGGUCUGAAAAAUUUGGGAAAAUGGAAAUUAAGGGAAAGCCAGGAAUUUUGGCAAUCUCUGCGCUGACAAAGAUGGGGGUGGUGGUGGACCUGGCAAACCAAGCGCUAUUACGCUGCC